CGUACAUACAUACAUACAUGCAUGUAUAUAUACACACCAUAUAUAUAUUUUAUCAUAAUUGUGAGACUUUGACAUAUCUAUAGCUAUAGUGGAUAUAUAUAUAUAUAUAUCUAUGUGUGUGUACGAUGUAUGGAUGUAUAUAUGUAUGUAUUAAUGUACGUAUGUAUGUAUAUAUAUAUUCUUUUUAUAAAUUAACAAUUGAUAAGAAAAAGUGUAGAUUCAUUCAAAAACUAGGUUAUCAGGAAAAUCGAGAAAACACUUAAGGAAAAAGAAAAAGAAUUUUCACUUCACCUACUGGUAGGUGAAAAUAUAUAAUAUUUUUUAUAUACAUACACACACACACAUAUAUAUAUAUGUUUACACACACACACACAGGAAUACGUACACAUACAGGAACGAUAAUAUUGUUCUUUGUGAUUCGUUUCGGAGUUUCGAUAAUUCGAGUGCUAACUGAUCGGAACAAAGUUCACCAGAUGAAGAAGAAUACGAUGGAUAGAAAGAGAGAAAGAGAGAGAAAUAAAGAAAUGAAAAGGGGGAAGAUGAUCUAAAAGAAAAAGAAAGAAAAAGGAGGAGAAAGAGAAAGAAGAGGAGAAGGAGAAGAAGGAGAAGGAGAAGGGGAGGUGGUUAGACGGCAAAAGCGAAGUGCUGGCAGAAAGACGAGAAGUUUGCUCGUCGAUUAAGCUUCCGCACUGCGUUUGUGGAUCUUUGAAUUACGUGCCAAGCUGGAGGCUGCGCUGAAGGACGAAUAGAAGAAGUAGAAGUAGAAGAAGAAGAAGAAGAAGAAGAAGAAGAAGAAGAAGAAGAAGAAGAAGAAGAAGAAGAGAAGCUAGUUAGUACCUUCUUUGUCGUUCACACGAGCAUCUCUACACUCUCUUCUUUUCGUUAAUGUCGAGACGAAUGAGUCUUAUUAGUGAGGUGCAACGAUACGACGCAGUAGACGAGGAAUCACCAGGAUCAUCCUCGAAAAAGCUGACGGUUUCACCGUCGGAAACCGACAAGAACUUACCUCUGGAAAUACCAUUGGAAUCGAAGAUAGAGAGUUCUGUUUAUCCUUUGCCAGUGACAUCCAGUCGAGGGGAAAUAUAUCCGGGCUCGAGGAUUAUCGAACAAAAAAGAGAUGACAAGACGUUGAAGUGUCAAGUAGAAAGAAGUUUUUCUCGUACGUCCAUAGGCGAAAUCCUGGAUCCUUACGAGUUGCAAAAGGAACGAAGGGACAUUAUUUUUAAUACAGAUUUGAAAAAUAACGAGAGUAUCAUCGAGAAACAAUCGUCUGUACCUAUCGGCAAUAUAUUUGACGAUCUUGAAAAAAGAUCUGAAUCGCAUAGAGAAAGGAUUACGAAGGAAUUACAUGAUCCAAAAUGGAGAAACACGUCGUCUCUUAGCUCGGAUAACGUCAGGAUACCGUCCAGCCCGGAAGAAACGUCAGAUUCAGAGAUAGUCGAGGUACGGAAAGACAGUGCUCUAUUUCUCGAGGAGGCUGAAGGUUUCGAUCAACGUGAGUUUGCAAGAAGAUACAGUUCCUUGAGAUUCGCGAGACCACGUAGAGAAAGCAGCGGAUACUCUAGCAAUCUUGGUACAUUCGACGAGGAUAGAAGGAACUCGACGAACGUCGACGUUCUACAGGAUUUAUUAAAGGAAAGACGUAGAUCAUCGGCGAAACGAAACAAUUCACGAUUUGGAGAAGACGAAUCUCGUUAUUCUAUCGUCUCGAGCAAUAACAAUAACGUCUUAGAAAGGAUGCCGACUACUGAGAUCCAUAGGAAGCUUUCGAGCUCGGGUUUGGAAAUGCCUGACAUCGAGGAAGUCAAGGAACUUGUUAAGGACGAUUCAACGUCGUCCUUAUCGCAGGAAAAUCUUGAUGGUGUUGUUGAAAACCAGCAAUCUCGAAAUCCGUCGAUUCUUUCAACAAACGAGACUUCUACUACUACUACUACUCCUACUAUCCUCGCUACUACUCCUACUACUGCUAUUACUACUACUACUAUUCGUUCGUGCGAUAAAUCCUUCGUAUCACCGAGUAGUUGUCGGACGAUGGAAACGACAGGACGUACAAUCGUUUGCGAUCCAUACGAUUCGACGAGUUUAAAAGAGGCUAUCGCGGUAUUGGCUACGAAAAGAGAAGAAGAUGUUAGAUCGAACGCAAUGAUAAGGAAUAGUAGUAGCAACAGCAGCAGUAGUAGCAGCAGCAAUCGUGGAAGAGAAUCGAACAACGAUAGGAGAACUUUUGAAAGCGUUCGAGAGGAAUCGAGAUGCGAUGGAUCUACUAGAGAAAAGGAGGAGGAAGAUGAUGAUGAUGAGAAGGAUGAUGAGGAGGUGGAGAUGGAGAGGAGGAGGGAAAGAAGAAUCAAGAUGAAAUCGAUCGAGAUCGAGAAUCGAGAGUUCGAUUCGACGGAUAUUCUUUCUUCAAGGUCGAGCAAAGUUUAUCGUUUUAUAUCGACUCAAUCGGAGGACCGAGUGGACGAGAGGCUGGAGAACAUAGAUGUUUGUCCGAAAGAUCGAAGGAUCUCGUUGGAGAUAACGAGAGGAGAAGAAGAGGAAAGGAAAGAGGAAUCGGGGAGGCCGAUUUUUAAAUUGUUAGAGAAAUCAAGGGACGACGUCGAGUCGACUAGGUGCACGAGAAUCGUUGGAUCGAUCGAGGACGAUAAGGGAAACGAUGCUAAUAAUAUCGAACGAGUCCUUUCCAGGAACGUCGCUGGAGUUGCCGCUUUAACUGCACCACCACAGUCAUUUAGAAAAUUGUCCUCAGCCGUUGGUGAGCUCGGUAGUGGCUGUGGUGGUAGUGGUAAUGGUGGUGGGAUUGGUGGUAGUGGUGGUAGUGGUGGUAGUAGUACUACUAUUACUACUACUCAUCGUCUACUCUCAGACGUUGCUCCUGUCUCGGUCAGACCUAUAUAUCCUUAUUGUCCUUAUUCUCCUUACGGCAGUCCCCAGGGAUCGCCGAGGAAUCGGAGGAGACCUCUCAGAGAGAGUAGGAGAGUUUCCAUCGAUAACACUCAAGGUGGAUUACAGUUGAACCAGUACAGAUUGUUGGACAAUAUCGGACAGGGCUCGUACGGUAUCGUAAAGUUAGCUUACAACGAAGAAGACGAUACCCACUAUGCAAUGAAGAUAUUAAGCAAGAGGAAACUGAUGAAGAAGGCUGGUAUUUUCGGUAGAAUGGCACCCGGUAGAAAGGGUACCGCGGAUCCUUUGGCAAAGGUAUACAGAGAGAUAGCUCUAUUGAAGAAACUGGAUCAUCCGAACGUCGUCAAGUUGGUCGAAGUACUCGACGACCCGGACGAGGAUAAUCUUUACUUGGUAUUCGAGUUAGUACAGAAGGGAGAAGUUUUGCAGAUACCAACCGACAAGCCACUCGAUGAAGAUACAGCCAGAAAGAAUUUUCGGGACGUCGUUAUGGGUAUCGAAUAUCUACAUUAUCAACGAAUAGUACAUCGUGAUAUUAAACCGAGCAACCUUCUGGUGGAUAGCGAUGGCCGCAUAAAGAUCGCGGACUUGGGUGUUAGCGCGGAAUUAAGGGCAUCCGGAGAAUUGUUAUCGGGACCAGCCGGUACACCAGCUUUUGCAGCACCGGAAACAACCAUGCCAGACGCUCAUUAUUCCGGAACGUCGUGCGACGUUUGGUCAAUGGGAGUGACGCUUUAUUCCUUGGUUACUGGAAGAGUACCAUGGGAUGGUGCGGGAAGUAUAAUUGGCGUUCAAGCAGCCAUACGUUCAGAACCAUUGAAAUUUCCAGAGUGUCCGAAACUCUCGAAGGAUCUACAGGAUCUCAUCGUAAGGAUGUUGACGAAGGAACCGACCGAGAGAAUAUCAUUGCAAAGAUUGAAGGAACACGAUUGGUUGACCAACACUGGGAAGGAUCCAUUGCCGAGUGAAGCGGACAAUUGUCGACUUCCGGUGACUGUUACCGACGAGGAAGUAGAAAGGGUCGUGACCAAAGUGCCCAAACUGGACACGUUGAUUCUCGUUAAGAAAAUGCUCAAGCAGCAUAGUUUUCAAAAUCCUUUUCUACCGAAGAAAAUUGGUAGAACUCUAGGCAACGACGGAGACCCAGUAACGGAGUCUUCUCUACCGUUAGGAAGGACUACGGAAUCUUUGGUCCAACGUUCUACCACAACAAGGAACAUCAAAACCGAGAGAUUUCAGAGAUCAGGUAGAAGCAAUUCGGCUCCGGAUUCGUACGAUUGGCAGGCGAAUAACAGGCAAAUAUCAAUGGAGAGUCCUCUGCCCCCAGUGACGGAAGCGUCGAAUCAAGAAGCGGAAAUCGAGAGGCGGUGAUACGUUCGUCAGUAAUGCGCUCGAUAAUUAAUUAAAAGCAGCUGUGACGAGAUCGACGACGAGUAUUCGUCUCGAUCGAACCAACGAAAAUCAUUCUUCCACGAAAGUCUUAAUCGAUCUUUAUCGCUCGUUCCCUUUUUUCUUUCUUACUUUAAAUGAACAUGAGAUAAAAAAGGGAAAUAAUAAUAGUAAUAAUAAUAAUAAUAAUAAUAAUAAUAAUAAUAAUAAUAAUAAUAAUAUACAUUUAAAAAACAAGAAAGAAAGAAAGAAAUAUGGUCAAGAACGAACGAAUUUAUUCGUGCAUUACUUGGUCCGAAAAACGAAUAAGAAAAAUAAAUAACAAAUAACUAAGACGGAUAGAUCUCGAUAAUCUCGAUUUGAUCGAUCGAUGAAUCAACGAUCCAACGGGUUCUUCCGUGUGCUUUCGUUCUUUCUUAUAUCAUAAUGCACAAUUACGUAAGCGCACGAACGAUAGCGUUUCUAUGAGUCGGCACGAAGGAUCCUCUCAAUCGUUGUUCUCCUUAAUGAAUGAAUGAAUGAAUGAAUUAAAUAAUUAAUUAAUUCAUGAAUUAAUUAUUUGAUUAAUUAUCGGGAUGGACCACGAGUUUUGCGAUAUUAUAAUAUUUAGAAUCUAGAGAAUAACUAUCGCAAAUGAAGUUGGUAAAUUUGUGCCAAUAUGGUAGGAUGCGAGAAAUUCAGAUAUUAGAUGAUCGUAAACGAGGCAACGAAUUUUUUCGACGUAAUCUCGGCCAGCUUUAUAAUCUACGUUCGUGUUACUUUAAUUUAAAUUAACGAGAGGUCUCUCUUUGAUUUCGUAAUUACCAUAACUUUUGCUUCAAACGAAUUUAAUAUCGUUAUAUAUAUAUAUAUAUAUAUAUAUAUAUAUAUAUAUAUAUAUAUAGAUAUUAUAGAUCAGUGCCAAAAGAAGAAACAAAUUAGACACAAAUCAUCCUUGAAAAUCCUUGAGAAAUCAACGAAUUUCCUUAUCUUAAACUAGAUUGGACGAUUUAGAUUUUGCACGCUUUAAGAAUGUUUGGCACUGAUAUUAUCGCUUCUUAUUCUCUUUCUAUCUAUUUUCUUUUUUUUUUUUUUUUUUAAUUUCUUAUUUUGCUUUUUAUAUGUUUUUAUUUCCACUUUUAUUUAUUUAUUUUUUGUUUAUUAAAGGGUCCUCGUAAUUAAAUAGAAAUCGUAAGACGUAUGUAUUUCUAUUUGAUCGGGAGAUAUUUGUUUAAAAAACUUUUUACGCGAUCCUUUUAUUUAUGUUUUUCUCUUUCUAAAAAGUUCUUCGAUCAAUUUUUUUUUAUUAUUGUUGUUAUUAUUAUUAUUAUUAUUAUUAUUAUUAUUAUUACUAUUAUUAUUGUUCUGCAUGUUGAGAACAUUAGAAUUUUAAUACGCACGGGUGUUCGUACGUUUUUAAAAGAAAACGUGAUUCCUCGAAAAAGAGGAAAAGAGAGUCCACCCUAUACAUAUAUACAACGACGUCCUAUUUAUCGUUAAUAGAUUUAUUAUAUUUCUUAGAAGAGAAAACAAAAUCUACGAGGAAAAGGGAGAAAGAUGAAAACUUGAUCGCACUUUAUUCUUCGGAGAGAAAAAAAAGGAAAUAUAUAUAUUUAUAUAUAUUCAUAUAUAUAUAUAUUUCGAUCUCCGAUCUUUCACGAUUAGAAUGUAUUAGAAGCAUAGGUGUAAUUUUGAUAGGAAAAAAAAGAAAAAAAAAAAGAAAAAAAGGGUGGGAAGACGAUUAACCCGUUUCAACAACAAACGAUCUAAGUGUGUUUCAACAUUCCGAAUUAGAUAAUGACAUUUUUAAUGGACCAUAGCUUUAAACGAAAUCUGAUAGAUUAUUAUCGUUAAUCAUAAGAAAACGCUAAUAGGGAGAUAGAUUUAAUACUUAGCCACCUUUCUUCACUUUAUAAGAUCGAAUAUUAUUCAACAAAGUAGAAAGAAGAAAUUAUAUUAUCGAAUUUGCAUGAAAUGAGAGUCUUGCGUCGUGGAUUUAUAAAAAAGAUGACGUCGAAGGAAAAAAGAAGGGGUUGGAAGAAAGAAAGAAAGAAAGAAAAGGAAAGAAAAGAGAAAAAAUUAAAGAAAUUAUUUUACAAACUUCCUUCGAUCGAUACGUGAAACAAGAAACCUUUUUUUUUAAUACGAUAUGGUGGAAUCUGUUUUUUUUUCUCUCCCUCUCUCUCCCUCCCUCCCUCUCUCUCUCUUUUUCGCACUUUCCUUCGUCACGAUUUAUCUCCUUUCUCUCUCGCUCUUUCUCUUUCUAUCUUUUUCUUUUUUAUCUAAAAAACAAAAAAGUAAAAAUAAAAAAAAAAGAAAUAAAAAAGUAAAAAAGAAUAAAAGAAAGACAAAAUAUCGCUAUCAUAUUUAAAACGAAACGUUGGCAGACGGACAGACGUAUGCUUAAAAAAAAAUAAAAAUAAUAAAAAAUACAAAAAAAAAGAAAGAAAGAAAAAA